CUGUAGCGGAGCCAACACACGCUCGGGCAGCGAAAGUGGCCUUGGUGGCGAGACCGGCUCAAGGCGCGACGAGGAUAAAGGGAAACGGACCGCGAAAACUCACCUCCAGUUGGACCUAACGAGAAUAUAAAUAGAGCGGGGGGCGAGAAGCUGGAGCAGAGAUUUCUGACCGACGAUGGCAUCUUUUCUCGGUGUGUGGGGUCUGCUGCAGUAGCAGCGCCGCCGCCGCUCUGAGCGGACCGGACCCGAAGAAAGGGAGUGCGCAGGCGCAACAGCCCCCGACCGUUGGCCCGGCGGAACGUCUCCCUGCAGCGCGAGGGGCGGAUGGCGCCCGCGCCCCGCCAGCGCCAGCGCAACUAGGAGCGGGAGAGGGGAAUGUCCGCCAACAGGCGAGGGACCCUUUGAACUUCGCCCUGCCUCUGCAACCGUGAGCCCUCCGCCGCCGUUGAUUGCGUGCGCCCGUUCUGAUGGUGGGCAGUCAGCUGUUUGAUUUGUGAAGUGUCAAAAAAAGCAAGUAAUGAACCGCGGUUCAUUCGGCCCGGCGCCAACCGUUCUUGACCGGUCCACCCAGCGCAUCUGCACCGGCAGAAGGGACACGAUUCAGCCCGGUUCGUGCUUUGGCGUUCGCGACUGCAUCCUUCCAUCGGAUACAGAAGACGUUUGCAGAAUUAUUCCGGAGAGAGGUGCUGUAGAAUUCUAGGAAUAAUGUGAAGAUGAGUUUUCUGGGAUCUGUCCGCAAUUUGUUGCUGGCUGUUUGUCUGAUGUUGGUCCUUGGAUUUCUGUAUUAUUCUGCUGGGAAGUUACACAUGCAUGGAUGGGGCCAGGAACCACAAUAUGAUCGACUGGGAUUUCUGCUGAAGCUUGAUUCCAGAAUGGAACUGGAGAAAUCAGUAGUGGACAACAGAGGAGAUGGCUGUGCCUUUGGUGAUAUCCAGAAAGACAGACUUUUUUCUCCCUGCCUUCCCACAUUGAACUACACUCGCUCAGCAGAAUUGAACUAUAAAAAUGGAAAUGUCACAGAAGGUGGCUGCAGAAAAGGAUUUGCCUCUGCACAGAUGACAGCAAUAUUUCCAAAAUUCUCAAAACCAGCACCAAUGUUUCUUGAUAACACCUUUAGGCGAUGGUCAAAACUGAAAGAUUUUGUUCCACCAUUUGGAAUCAAAGGACAAGAAACAGUUAUACAAAAAAUACUGGGAAUAACAAAACACUUCACCUUGACUUCACAUCUGGAUAGUUUAAGCUGCAAACGCUGCAUCAUCAUGGGCAAUGGAGGAAUAGUGGCUAACAAAUCUCUUGGCCCAAGAAUUGAUGAAUAUGAUGUUGUCAUAAGACUUAAUGAAGCCCCUGUGAAAGGAUUUGAAAAAGACGUUGGCACAAAGACAACCCUUCGAAUCACAUAUCCAGAAGGUGCCAUCCAGAAACCCACACGAUAUGAGAAGGACUCGCUAUUCGCAUUUACUGGAUUCAAGCCUCAAGAUUUCAAAUGGUUGAAAUACAUUGUUUACAAAGAAAAAGUGAGUCCUUCAGAUGGCUUCUGGAAGUCCGUUGCCACAGUUGUCCCAAAGGAACCCAAAGAGAUCCGAAUUCUGAAUCCUUAUUUCAUCCGUGAAGCAGCUUUCACAUUUAUUGGCCUUCCAGUCAACAAUGGAAUGAUGGGUCGUGGGAAUAUACCAACACUAGGCACAGUUGCAAUAACAAUGGCAUUGCACAAUUGUGAUGAAGUGGCAGUCGCUGGGUUUGGUUAUGAUAUGAAUGCUCCAAAUGCACCUCUACAUUACUAUGAGAAUGUUAAGAUGUCAGCCAUCAAAGAGUCUUGGACUCAUAAUAUUGGAAAAGAAAAAGAAUUCCUUAGGAAAUUGGUGAAAGGACAAGUGAUCACAGAUUUGACAGCUGGGAUCUGAGACAACACUAUUUCAAUCCCAAAAUGAAAUUGGGGAAGAAAAGGCAAGCAUAAAGAAGAACGUCCUAUGGACUCUGCAGAAAUUCAGUUGAGUAUGAGGAUAAAGCUAUACCAAACUACAGGGGAGUCUGCACAUCUCUAAAUAAAACCUGUCAUUUUGCAACAACACUAUAUGGAGGGGGGGGGGGGGGGGGGGGGGGCUGGAUUUUGUAUAGAUACAAUUUAUUGCUCCACCUAAGUGUGCAAUGAGAAAAGUAAAGAAACUGAUAAUCGUGCCAUAAUUACCUCUGGAGAAAGAAAUGCAACAGGAUUGUUGAGGUAUUUCUCUUUUUAUAGCUUGAAUGUAAAGAUUUUCAGAAGUUACGUAGACAAACACUUUUACAUUGUGUUAAGUUUUAAUUUAAUAUUUCCUCUCAUCUGCCCAAAACCCAUGAGACUGAUGGUUCCGUCCCAGACUGUCGAUUAAUUGCUGCUAUUCAUUUUUGGAGGUAGAGGAUUUUUUUUUUUUUUUUUUUUUUUAAAUGACUUUUAUCUGGACGAAAUAUUUGUCAGUGCAGAACAGAUGCUGUGACAGCGCUUAAGUAUGAUCAGCCUUUCAAUUUCAAGAGCAGAAGAUAGUGUAUUACGAGUAAAACUUUGCUGUGUCAGUGCUGUUAUCACUAGCGUGUGCAAUGAUCGGAAGACAGUAGUCCUACGUGUGGCUUUAAUAACUGGACCCAUAAACUUGAAACAUAAUCAAACCUUCAGCAAGUGCACAAUCUGCUUGGAAAGCAUUUUUUUGGUGGAACAAGCAGAUCAUGUUAGAACAAAAAGUCAGAGACAACUGUUCCACGUGCUUGCCUUGUGCCACAGUAUUAUCGAUUUUAAUUGUGUUGCUGGUUCUUGUUAUGCCAUCAUCAAAAACCACCAUUCAGAAGUUUGAAAGAGUACAUCUCGCAUAGCUGGACCUACGUUUAAUACAGGAAGAGCAAGCAAACUAAAUGAGAUGGUUUUAUCUCACUACCAAUCAACAAACAUUGACCAGCAUCACCUUCAGCUCAUUUAUUGCAGAAAAUAACAGUUUUUAAAUUUUUCUCAAAGACUUCUUGUACUUUUAAAAUGCUUUUUUUUUUCUUAUCGUUAAUUGAAUGAAUCACAGUAAUGUGGAGUAGAAAUGGCGAAUAGAAAUCAUAGUUUGCUCUGGUACUAAUAUGACAAAUGUUUUAGAAAUAUUCUGUUAAACACAUUAAAGGUUCAUGUUUCCAGCUUGUUGAUUUGCCUUGCCAGGUUUGACAUGUAAUUGAUACUCGCUCACAUGGGAUUUGAAUGGAAAUUAACUUGGAUAGCAGUUUACAAUAACUAGUUUGGAAAAGCUCACACUCCAUUUGAAAGACAUACAUGUUGCUUGAACCCACUGCACUCCAUUAUCCAAUUUGUUUUUGUUGCACAUAAAUGUACCUUCUCGGCAGGUGCCGGACUUCUGCUUUCCCCCAUUUUUCUAUUAUACAGAAAAAUGGUAUGGUGAUUAUGAAACAGAAUGCACUGAAGGAUGCUAUUAAUGAUAGAUGCAUUAAAGUGUUUGUCAGCCAUGAGAUUCAAAUACUAUUCUUGAACAUUAGUCAUCCUGCACCAAAUUCACUCCAGUUUAUUUAAAUAGGUGAUGCUUAUUUGGUCAAAUUGAAAAUAAAGCCACCAACAAAAUGAAAUGUAAUUAAUUCACUAUUGUAACCCUGCCUGUAGCUAUUCCAAAUGCUACCUCUCUUACCUUUCAUUGCUGCUCAUUGUCACCAAGGUAUUUCAAAAUGAUUUGGAAGAUAUUUUUGCCCACAUUGUGCUAAUUUUCACAAUGCCCACUCUUCCAUCAGUCCACACAAACAUACCUGUCUGGGUGAAUUCAUUCUGGAUUUGUUAAGGAAUGUGUGUAACAUUUAGAUGGCUUUAUUAUUGUAUUGAGUCAAUGUGAUUAAAUUGCUGUAUCACAAUUAUGGAAGAUUCAACCUUCUUCAGGAACCACGAUUUAAAAAAAAAAAGAAAAGUGACCUACAGAAUAAUGCAAGGCCUAAAGUGGAAACAAAUUUUUCAACAAAAAACCUCUAAUCCAGAACAAAUUCAACAGAGUAACACAAUUUUGUGGAGUAAGUGUAUUCUAAAAAUGUAAACAUUUUCAAAGAUUGUCACUCAGAAAUUGGCACGCUGGCAUAUUUCCAGGUUAUUAUUCUCUCUAUUGUUUACCGCAAGUAAAUCCUUUGUUGUGUGAACUCACCUUUUUCAGCGGUUGCAUGUCGUUCUCGUAUCUGUUUAGCAAAUGUCACAUGAAUUUGAAGAGCUCUUGAAAUUUUGAAAGUGUAUGAAAAUUGAGUUAAACAGUUCUGAGUUUUGUGAUCACUUCAUACCUUACACCGAUAAUGUAAUCUGCAAACACACAAAACAUGGAACUGUCUUGAGUGUGGCAAUAUGUUGGUGAUUAUUGUUGUUAAGAUAUUAAGUUAUCAGAACAUAAACAGCUGAAGAGCGCAAUGUCAUUUGAUUUUAUUUUUCAAAAUUUGUGUCUUUAUUUUCUGUAUUUUGAAACGUAUAGCAUCAAGCUUUAAUAUUUAUUUCAACAGUUUUUUUUCAAAAUCUCAUAUUUGCAUAUAAAACAUUUGUCAUUCUGGGGUUAUAGCCAUUACUAAAUUAUUCAACCACCAGAAAUGAAACCGUAAAAUGCCGCUGCAUUAAGAUGGAAAUAGUGCUCUACAUGAUAUUUGGGACAAAGACCCAUCAUUUAUUUACUUGCCUCUGUACUCCACAAUUUGAGAUUUGUAA